UGCUUUCUCAACGACCUCUCUUGCAUUUCCCCAUUGCAUGCUACACAAGUCUACAUAACAUAACAUAACAUAUAUAUAAACCCCUCUCCACCCACACCCCUUCUUAAUUCCUCACCAAUUCAAACUAUCUAUAAUUCUCGAUCCUUAUUCUCAUAGAUAGAUAUAUAUAUACAUAUAUAUAUUUACAUAUCUCUCAUAAUUCCUCAUGGGAAUCCCUUUAGUGUGCAUCUGUAUGGCCGUUCCCCGGCCCUUGCUUCUCUUCGUCAAAUUCGUCGACCGCGUACGGCACACCGUCCUCGUCCUCCUCUCCUUCUUCGGGCUCUACCGCUCCCCUCCGCCGCAACUGCGCCUCCUCUCCGGCGCACCGGAGGCCCCCGCGCCUUCGUUCGUCAAAGACCGCCUCCCCGUAGUGAAAUUCGCGAGCUCCGUCGACGGUCAGCGGUGCGUGUUCUGCUUGGAACGUUUGCGGUGCGGCGACGAAGUUAGGGAGCUGGCGAACUGCCGACAUGCAUUCCACCGGUGCUGCGUUGACCGAUGGAUCGACGUGGGCCAGGUGACGUGCCCGUUAUGUCGGUCGGAGCUGUUGCCGCCGGCGAAGGCCGGGAGAGGAGGGGGUUGGGGUUGGGUUGUGGAGGUUUUGGGACGAUUUUGGUAAAGCGUUUUGCACGGUUGGAGAUUAUGACAACCAACCCACCCCAUUUUAUUUUCAUUAAUUGUUGGGAUAAGGAUUCGGGUCCGAUCGAUUGGGUCCGUUGAGUGCCGUUGUGACCGGGGCGGGUGACCUUACUUUAGUGAGAUUAUAUAUAUACACGCAUGCAAGUUAGUUAAUUUGUAGCUGAUAAUUUGUUGGCGGAUUAAUUAUAUGUAAACAUUCUGUAAAUUAAAUUUACGUGCGUAGUUCGUUUGGCUUUAAUUUUUUUUUUUAUUUUCUUUGUUAUUGAAAGAGCUAGUUUGGCACUGUCUUA